AAGGUGGUAAGUCCAGCGGCUGGAACAGCGACUGGAACAGCUGGGGAGGCUCGGGCAGCAAAGGCGGCAAGGGCGGCAAGGGCGGCGACCCCGCGGGCCAAGGACCCUGGGGGCCGAGGGCGCCCCGGGCGACGCCGCGGGCGGCGGCGGCGGGGGCGGCGAGGGCGGCAACGAGGGCGGCGAGGGCGGCGGCGCGGCGGGCGGCGAGGGCGGCGAGGGCGGCGGCGAGAGCGGGGGCGGCGACUCCAAGGGCGGCAAGGGCUGGAAGGGCGGCAAGGGCGACAAGGGCGGCAAGGGCGACCAGGGCGGCAAGGGCGACAAGGGCGACCAGCCGUCGUGGGCCAAGAAGUCCGACGACUGGUGGGGGGGCGACUGGGGCUCAGGCGGCAAAGGCUCCUGGAAUUGGUUCGGCUGGGACGGCUGGGGCGGUGGUGGCAAAGGCGGCGGCGGCAAAGGCGGCUGGGGCGGCGGCGACAAAGGCGGCAAAAAAGGUUACACGCCAUGGUGAACAGCUGCAGGGCGCUGCGCUGGGCCACCACGGUAGAGACCUCCUGAUAGUUUUGCUGAAGUGUGACGCGCCGAGCUUCAUGGAGGCCCUGGCACCUGGAGGCCCGCGCCGGCUGCUCCGCGGGGCCGGGCCCCGUUCGCAUGCUCGCCCGCGCAGGGGUCGCCACCCCGCCGCGCGCGCUGUCGCCGCUAUGAGGGCGCCUCCGCAUGCUCGGCCUCCUCUUCCUGCUGUUCCGUCUGCGGGCCACCAGUGAUUCUUGGUCACCCCCAAAGCGGCUGCCCUUCUCCAAGGUGGCGGCGCAUCGCGGGGCGCGAUGCGUGAAGUUAGGUGGCCUAGGUCACUGUGCCUCCUCCCGCGUCGUGUUGCCCAUUUCCCCCACGUCGGCCUGCGCUCCUGCUCGCCUGCGUGCUUUCUUGAGACCGCGAGUUGCUUGACUGCAGCGGUCCGCCACCGCGGCAAGAA